AUGCCUGCCGAGAUCAAGACAAGAGACACCAACGAGAAGCCUCCCACAUCGGUAUUCGUGACCAAUGGACGGGCAGGCGCGGCCUCGAUCAACGGCAACACGCAGCUGGCCACCUUCGCUGGAGGACAAGUCUAUCUCGACCCGGUCCUGAUGCGCAAGGACAUCACGAUGGUCCACGUCAACUUUCAGCCCUGCGCACGCACCCACUGGCACAAACACGAAGGAGGGCAGCUGCUCAAGGUCACUGCCGGCUUGGGAUGGGUCUGUGAUCAAGGCGAGAAGCCCCGAAGGAUCGCGGUCGGCGAUAUUGUCUGGUGCCCUCCUGGCGGUAUCCAUUGGCAUGGCGCAGACGACGGGAGCUUCAUGUCUCACGAGGCCACCUCUUUCGGCGGGCUGGAUUGGUACGAUCCGGUCACGGAUGAGGUGUAUGCUGCAAAGAGUGAUAUCAAACAAGGCGGGUUGAGCGCCCAGUACCCGGGAAGUGGUAAAAUCUCUUAG